GUUGUACAGCUGUUGAAUAAGGUUGAUGAAUAUUUGGGGUACGCCGUAAUACUCGAGCAAUUUCCAAAUUACCUCACGAUCAACGCUGUCUGUCGGAGGCCUUCUCAAAGUUUAUAAAGUUGAGGUAGCUGAGGUUUGAUUGCCAUUCCAUGCUUUGUUCUGUGAUGAUGAUGCGUAGAUUUGCAAUUUGGUCAGUACAUGAUUUCCCUGACUUUCCUGAAUCCAGCUUGUUCUGAUCGGAGUUCUGUCUCCAGUGCGUCCUUUAAUCUCUCCAGGAUGAUGAGACUCAGGAUUUAACUUGGCGUCAUGAUUCCUCGCCAGUUCUUGCAGAGUCUUAAAUCACCCUUUUUCGGUAGUUUCACGAGGUCACCUUUCUUCCAGUCAGUAGGCACCUCUCCCUCCUUACAGACCUUUUACAAUAAUGGAGUCAGCAUAUCUGCUGUCGUCUCUGGGACCGCUUUCAGUGCUUCAGGGGGUAUUCCAUCUGGUCCGGCUGCUUCUCCAGCUUUCAGAAGCCUGAUCGCAUUCAAGACUUCAGCUUUCGUUGGAGGAUUGUUGUCAACUUACAGUUGUGUACGUGGUAUUGUUGGUAUCUCUGGACGGGUUGCAGGUGGUGGUCGGUUCAGGAGUCCUUUGAAGUGAUCCGCCCAU